GCCUCUCCCUACAUGUGUUUUGGUUUAAACCAACUGUCUAAUGCUAAUCUAAUCUAAUCGGUUAGUGUAAUUAGGCAGAUUUCAGAAACCAAAAGAAAGGAUAUUUUUUGCAAUUAUGGCCGAUGAGUUGGACGACGAUUGGUGGAUGAAUUCCGCAAAUGAGAGCAAGUUGAAAAAGUCCAAAAAACGAAAAUUAGAAAAAGAUUCCGAUGAUAAUAAUAAUAAGAUAAGCAAAGCAAAAAAGAUGUCGUUGUUGGAUAAAGAAAUAUUUAAUGAUGAUGAUGAGGAGGAGGUUGAUGAUGUCAAUCUCAAUGAUGAUGAUGCAGAUGAUGAUGGAAUUGAUGCUGCUGACGGUGAUGAAAACAAAGAAACGGAAAUUAAAAAAAUUAAAAAAAAUAAAUUUGAAAAACGAACCAAACACUCAAAGAAGAAAGCUAAAUCCAGUUCUAUAGACCAGAGCAAUGUCAGUGUGAGAGAUGUUUUGAAGAUUAUAAACGAGUACCACAUGCAGCAUCUAACAAGCAUCGAGAGAGAAAGAGUACAACUGACAUCCGAUGACUUUUCAUUAAUAAACAACAACAACAACGAAGAUGACCAAAAACAAAAACACACCCCACUGUCAUUUUUGAGGGAGCUCAUUCCAAAGUGGAAGAGGUCGAUGAAGAUGAAUUCCGGUGUCUCUGGCUCUCCCAUCGUCAUCAUCGUUUGUUCGUCUGCUAUCAGAUGCGUCGAGUUUAUCAGGCAGAUAAAAGAUUUGAAAUCUGGUGAUAAGUACAUCAUUGCCAAGUUGUUUGCCAAACAUUUGAAACUCGACAAGACGCAAGAUUUUUUGAGGUCAAAGGUCAUCCACCUGGCAGUAGGGACCCCAAACAGACUGGCUGCCCUUAUUUCUAGUGGCGAUCUGAGGCUGACUACUCUAAAGCACCUUGUACUGGAUGUGAACCAUCGGGACAGCAAGUUACUCAACAUGCUACAGAUCAAAAUUGUCAAAAAUGACGUCAUCACGCUUCUGACCAAUCACAUCAUACCAGUUAUCAAAAAUAAUAAUAACAACAAUAAUAAUAAUGAUGAUGAUAAUAAUAAUAAUAAGCCAGAUGAUGAUGGUGAUAAUAGUACAUCGAAAGUUGGGAGAUGUCGAAUAGCUUUGUUUUAAAUUAUAAUUUGACUCAAUUUAUUGGUCGUAUAAAUUAAGAAAAUUGUGUCUAAACGGAUUUCGCAAAUUUAUUAUGUUAAUAAAUUAUUCAAAACAAUGAAGAAA